AUGACCUUUACUGCUUCAUCUGCAGUUAAAUCUCCAAAGGAUACAAAACAUCAAACCCCUUUCAAUUAUAACAACUCAAAACCCAUUCAGAGAUCGAUUGUUAAUGUUAAAAGUUUUCAAGCUGCUCCAAACGUCAACACCGCUCAAGUUGAAUCUUGCGCUUUAUGCGGUCAAGCACAUAUUAUACGCCGCUGUCCAACCUUUCUCUCAAAAGAUUGCUAUGAGAGGAAGGCAAUCGUUGAUAAGGCAAAGCUGUGUCUUAAUUGCUUAAGUAAGGCUCAUGCACUUUCUAAGUGCACUAGCAUCAAAAAUUGCCUCCAGUGUGGCCAACGUCACCACACUUUACUGCAUUUUCCGUUCGCUACAAAGACUACUCCUGCAAAUAACGCUCUUCCGCCAUCAACUCAACGCGUUUUAUCCAAUUUCAGCAACGUUUCAGCACCUCCACAAGAACAAUCAGUUCCAAUUUCUUCAAACACACCUCUUUCGACAGCAGUUUUAGAGGCAAGGCGCUUCACUCGCGCUCAUUCUACGCUAGCGGCAAAUUCAACACAAUUGGGUGUCGAUAGGAUCCCCGUACAGGGGCCGAGACACAUACUUCUUGCCACGGCGUCAGUAGUGCUGUGCAACGAAAUCACGAAUCGAUCGGCGAUAGUACACGCUUUGAUCGAUCAAGGAUCCGAAGGAACGCUUAUUACAGAAAAUGCUGUUCAGCAAUUAGGCCUGCAGCGUCAUCCCACCGCUGCAGAUAUAUGCGGAGUAGGCCCAAACCUAUUUAGCCAAUCACGAUCAUUGGUUAGCUGCACUCUUCGUUCAUGCCACGAUGAACACUUCGCCGCUCAUAUUGAGUCUGCUUAUGUUCUGAAGCAACUCACAGCACCCCUGCCCAGCCAGGAAAUUGUGCCACAAGAUAUGGCACAUCUACGAGGACUCGCUCUCGCCGAUCCCAAAUACUACCAGCCGAAAAGAAUUGACCUCAUUAUCGGCGCAGACAUGAUCGCCCAAAUAUUGGAGCCGGAAACCCGCAUUGGCCAUGUUAACCAACCUAUUGCCCAAAAAACUCAUUUGGGAUGGAUCCUGUCGGGACGAAUAAAUUCUGACACGCCUUCUAUUGUCACUAUUCGCUGCCACCACAGCAAUCUUGAGCUUGAAGGGCUUGUGCGAAAAUUCUUUGAGAACGAACAUGUGCCCACUUCUGUACCAAUGUCCGCUCAAGACCAGUGGUGCGAAGAUUUUUUCCGUAGCACUUACACUCGACAAGCAAAUGGUAAAUAUCUGGUUCGUUUGCCUCUGAAGUCAUUAUAUGAUCCUAACCAAACUAUAGGCAAGUCGAAACAAAUUGCACUGAACAGAUUUCAUCAGCUAGAACGUCGACUCCAGCGUAAUGCCGAUCUCCGUGAGCAAUAUGAGGAUGGAAUUGAGGACUAUUUUCGCCUGAACCAAAUUCGCCCAGCUAUGACAAUGGAGGAACAGCACUGCUCAACUACCAAAUGUAACCAGCUAACCGUAACAUCCUGUGUACUGCCGCAUCACGCGGUGGUGAAAGAAACGAGUGUCACUACCAAAUUACGCAUUGUCUACGAUGCGUCCUCGAAAACGUCAAAUGGACGUUCAUUGAAUGAUUUACUAUGCACUGGCCCACCAUUACAAAACGACCUUUCGGCUGUCAUCCUGAAGUGGCGACUGCAUAGAUACGUCUUCUUGGCCGAUAUACAAAAAAUGUAUCGAUGUAUCGACAUGAACCUAGAGGAUUCAAAUUAUCAACGCAUAUUGUGGCGCAACAAAGAUGGACAUGUUUGCGAAUACUGUCUCACGACGGUGACCUUUGGAACAGCGUCCGCGCCGUACACUGCAAUUAGAGUUCUUCAUCAGCUCGCGCACGAUGAAAAACACCGAUUCCCCCUCGCUGAGAAUAUUUUGCUUCACGAGAUGUACGUUGACGAUGUACUAAGCGGAAGUGAUUCAAUUGCUAAUGCAAGACUGUUGCGUGAUCAACUGAUAGCGGCGUUAAAGUCAGCUGGCAUGGAACUCAGAAAAUGGUCCAGUAACACUCCUGAACUUUUGCACUCUAUUCCAUACGAGCAUCAAUCGUAUGAUCCAGCACAACAACUCAACACUAACGAGACGAUCAAAACGCUUGGCCUGCAUUGGCAGCCGAAUCUCGACUCUUUCACUUUCUCAGUCAAAUUUGCUAUCAACUCCAGCGCAACAAAAAGAUCGGUUCUGUCAACCAUUGCCCGUUUGUUCGAUCCCCUUGGAUUUCUUACCCCGAUUACUGUAGCAGCGAAGGUAAUCCUAAAGGAGAUUUGGGCAACGAAAAUUAAACGUGAUGAUGAUCAUUAUGUAGCUUUAGGUUGGGAUGAAGAAUUGCCUCCGACUAUCAAUGCAAACUGGCAAAGGUUUGUUACUGAAUUGCCACAGGUAAAGGCGAUCUCUGUUCCACGCUGGUUACAUUACUCGCCGCAACAACAACUUCAGUCGGUAGAACUACAUGCAUUCUGUGAUGGCUCCUCCUCGGCAUAUGCUGCAGCGGUAUAUUUACGCUUGCACUACAGCAAGAAGGACAUUUACACACACCUAGUCGCCGCUAAAAGCAGGGUCACGCCUAUCGGCUCACUUACAAUCCCUCGAGUGGAGUUAUGCGGCGCUGUGCUGGCAUUGGAUCUCUCCAAUUGGGUUCAGAACACCCUCAAGCCAGUGUAUGGAAAACUGCCAGUCUACUUCUGGUCAGACGCAACAAUUGUCCUUUAUUGGAUUCACGGUGAUCUCAACAGAUGGAAACUAUAUGUAGCAAAUCGUAUAAGCAAAAUAUUGUCGCACAGUACACCUAGUCAAUGGAGGCAUGUUGGCACUAAAGAAAACCCUGCAGAUUGCGCCACGCGCGGUUUGUCACCAACACAGUUGAAAGAUUUGGAACUCUGGUGGAAUGGACCACGGUGGCUAACGCAGCCCAAGUCAACUUGGCCAACUUGCUCCAUUAACGCGUUAGAUGUCGGUGAUACAACACUGGAAGAAAAACCGGCUAAAGUUCAUAUUCAUGCAGUUGUUGCAAUCUCAUCGUUUGUACAACGUUUUUCUUCACUUAAGAAACUUCAACGCAUCACCGCUUGGAUGUUACGAUUUUAUUAUAAUCUUCAGCGUAAAAUUAACCACGAGGGACCAAAAGGUGGCCCACUGACUCCAAGUGAGUUACAACAAAGUUUGUUUUGUAUCGUUCGACUGGUGCAACAAGAAGCUUUUCGAACAGAAAUACAUUUGAUCGAAACCAAACAAGUUGUGCCAAAUAGCAGCAAACUCGUCAGCUUAACGCCGUUUCUCGGAGAAAGAAACGUUCUUCGUGUACGCGGUCGGCUUAAGCAUUCUCUCCUCCCUUACGACCAACGACACCCAAUGAUAUUGCCGAGUAACCACCAUGUAACGAAGUUAAUUAUUGACAACGCUCAUUUCAAUACCCUACACGGUGGUAUCCAAUUAACACUUUGUACCAUCCGAAAACAAUUUUGGAUCAUACAUGCGCGCAAAACGGUGCGCAACCAUCUUAAAAAUUGCAUAAAGUGCUUUCUUAAUAACCCACAACCCACUACACAAUUAAUGGGAGAUUUACCCUCGCAACGCGUUAACCCUCCUCAACGCGCUUUCUACGCAACAGGUGUUGAUUACACGGGGGCCAUCGAGUUGAAAUCGUCAAAACAUCGCGGUCAUACGGUUUACAAGGGAUAUAUAGCCAUAUUCAUAUGCCUGGCUACGAAGGCGGUGCAUAUAGAGGCAGUUACUGGCAUGACAACGGAGCAUUUUUUAUGGGCGUUACAGCGUUUCAUUGCCCGCCGUGGAAUAUGUCAGGACUUGUAUAGCGACUGCGGCACCAAUUUUGUUGGAGCUGAUAAAAUUUUGAAAAUUAAUCAAAGGCGAUUUGUCGAAGAAGUUGAGCGUGAUAUUGUACCUCAAUUAGCCGUACAAAACAUAAAUUGGCAUUUCAGCCCCCCGUACUCUCCAAAUUUUGGCGGGCUGUGGGAGGCUAAUGUAAAAUCCAUCAAAUAUCAUCUAAAACGCAUUAUCGGCGGAACUAGACUAACCUACGAGCAGCUGUCCACAACCUUGGCAAGGAUCGAAGCCUGCCUUAAUUCAAGGCCCUUGUGCCCGCUGACAUCCGACCCCGAUGACCUCUUUGUGUUAACUCCGGGGCACUUCUUGGUCGGGGACGCCUUACUUUCACCACCUGAAACCACUCCUGAUAGCAAAUCCCUUACAUCGCAGUAUUUUGAUAUGCAGCGAUUGGCCGCCAGUACACAGGGACAAAAGGGCCUCGUACCCACUGCGUUCCAGCCCAGCUACAUGGAUCAUACCUCCGAUGGGCAUACAUUGCACGAACAGGUGACACUAGCCACCCCAUGUGCAACCGACCCGACGCACACAAUUCCUAGCCCACCUAAGGAAAAGAUAAACGAGCCCAGCUACAUGGAUCAUACCUCCGAUGGGCAUACAUUGCACGAACAGGUGACACUAGCCACCCCAUGUGCAACCGACCCGACGCACACAAUUCCUAGCCCACCUAAGGAAAAGAUAAACGAGGCAACUCCUACGUGCAACAGAAAGGGCACAACAGAAGAGCCAAGAAG